GAAUCCAGCGCGUUGAAGGGGUUUUCCCGUGUUGCGGCGGAGCGCACGGUCCUCGGCGUGUUCUCAGCAGUUCGUGCGAAACUGGAAGGCGUUUCUGAGCGCGCGAGCCUGCAGCGGAAGUGGAAGCAGAACGCCCUUCCUCAAAUAACUGGAGCUUGCAGAUGCGGUCCAGGGGAGGGAACUACGGCUAGGUAAGGAGGCCAUGCUUGAUGUUGCUUCCAGAUCCCAUGUCAACACCAAGUCCUCAGAUGCUGGUGGCAGCGGCUCAGCGGACCCUGGGCAUGGGAAAGAGACGGAGCCCACCCCCAGCCGUCUGCCUUCACCUAGCUGGAGAGGUGCUGGCUGUGGCCCGGGGACUGAAGCCAGCCCUGCUCUAUGAUUGCAAUUGUGCAGGAACAUCAGAGCUCCAGAGCUAUCUGGAGGAGUUGCAGGGCUUGGGCUUCCUGACCCAGGGACUUCACAUCCUUGAGAUUGGAGAAAACAGCCUGAUUGUCAGUCCUGAGCACGUAUGUCAGCACUUGGAGCGGGUCCUGCUUGGUGCCAUAGCUUUUGUGGAUGUUUCCAGCUCCCAACCUCACCCUUCUAUUUGCUCCCUGGACCAGCUUCAGGAUUUGAAGGCUGUAAUGGUUGAGAUCAUCACACAUUUGCAAGGGCUACAGAGGGACCUGUCCGUGGAAGUCUCCUAUAGCAGACUUCAUUCUUCAGAUUGGAAUCUCUGUACUGUGUUUGGGAUCCUCCUGGGCUAUCCUGUUCCAUAUACCUUUCAUCUGGACCAGGGAGAGGACAACUGCUUAGCCCUGACCCCACUACGGGUUUUCACUGCCCGGAUCUCGUGGCUGCUUGGUCACUCCCCAGUCUUGCUCUAUUCCUUUAGUGUCCCAGACAGCUUGCUCCCAGCCCUGAGGGAGAUUCUAAACACUUGGGAGAAGGACCUUAGAACUCGAUGUAGGACUCAGAAUGACUUCACUGACUUGAGUAUCUCCUCUGAGAUAGUCACACUGCCAGCUGUGGCUCUCUGACUUCAACUCCUCUCUCAUGUAGAAGAUACUCAGUAAGUGAUCAGCUCUGUGUUAGGAAUAGUGUCUCAAUGACCACUUCUGAGCAUCUUGAGAAAACUAGGGAAAAUUUCUGUUAUCAGUUGUUCACAUCUCAGUGGGCAUGGGAAUAGGUGGUAGUGGCAUUGGCUAUACAUCUAUGCCAUUUCUAUACUAGGGAGUCCUCUUGACUGAGCUGAGAUGUCUGUUCAUUUUUCACUGGAUAGGGGAUAGAAGAAAGAUUGUGGAGAAGGGUGGUGGAAGUCAAGUAGUCUAUUCUUGUGUGGUGGUUGUAAAUAUACCUGCUCUAGUGGGUAAUGUCUGCCAGAACGUAGAGGACUAGGUAAGUUUUACUGCAUGUUUAUAUACCACCAACUGAAUUGGACUAGGGAGAGUAGACCAGGAUGCUCUAUUGUCUUAUGUUUUGUGAUGUGAUGUGUCAUUCAGGGGUAAACUAUGAGUUCAGAGGAACAGAAACUGUAAGGUGAAGUUUAUU